AUGUUUUAAGUUUUAAGAAAUGUGUUUGAAGGAAGAAAUAACUUUGAUAACUAUUGGUGCCAUCUCUGUAAAAUGGAGAUUAUAUAAAGAACUUAUCAUUCAGAAGAAGAUAAAUAGGAGUAUUGCUUAUUAUGUGAAAGUCCAUUAGAAUAAAUGGCUUAGGGAAUUAAUGAUUCAGAAUUAAGAUCUUUUGAAAUAUAUAUAUCUCCUGAAGCCUAAUCUUCUAGAACAUUAUCAGAUUGGACAUAGAGCUUAAAUGAAAUCUCCGACUUUCUAAAUUUUCUAUCUCUUUUAACAGAGAAUUUAUUUUACCAAGAAGAUCAAUAACUAGGAGCUUCUGAGACAUAAAUAAGUACUUUAAGGGAACAUGUGGCAGAUAUCAAUGAUUAAUAGUCAACCUGCUAUAUAUGUUAGGAAGAUUUUAAGGAAGAGGAAGUGGAGCUAGAAAUGAGUUGCUCUCACAAUUUUCACAAGGAUUGCUUAACAUAGUGGUUAAAGAUUAAUAAUUCUUGUCCUGUCUGUAGAGCAAAAAUCAAUUGA